UUGGACUGGCGUCCAGCUUAUUUCUUCUUCUCUCAGAUUCUCUCUCUCAUCAAUUCGAUAAGAGAGAAGAAGAAGAAUCCUUCACGCUAACCUCAGAUUACCAAAAAGCCACCCUUUUUCUUCUUUCUGCCUUCUCACCUAAUCAGGGUCAGUUGGAAACAACCUAGCUACCUCUGAGGUAGGGGUAAGGUCUGCAUACGCUCUACUCUCACAAAACUCACUUUGUGGACUGCACUGGGUAUGAUUUGUUGUUUCUUGUGUUUGAUAGGGACCAUGAUUAAGUUGUUUAAAGUAAAAGAAAAGCAGAGAGAACAAGCUGAGAAUGAAAAUGGAAAGCCACCGGUCAAGAAACAAAGUGCAGGAGAGCUGCGUCUUCAUAAAGAUAUAAGUGAGCUAAAUCUGCCCAAAACAUGUAGCAUAUCAUUUCCCAAUGGAAAAGAUAACCUCAUGAACUUUGAGGUCACCAUUCGGCCUGAUGAAGGAUAUUAUACGGGUGGCACAUUUACGUUCUCUUUCAGUAUUUCUCCAAUGUAUCCUCAUGAAGCACCAAAGGUUAAGUGCAAGACAAAGGUUUAUCACCCUAACAUCGACUUGGAAGGAAAUGUGUGUCUCAACAUUCUUCGUGAAGACUGGAAACCUGUGCUCAACAUUAACACCAUUAUCUAUGGCUUAUAUCAUCUGUUCACGGAGCCAAACCAUGAGGAUCCCCUCAAUCACGACGCAGCUGCUGUAUUGAGAGACAACCCAAAGAUGUUUGAGUCCAAUGUCCGAAGGGCAAUGCAUGGGGGCUAUGUUGGGCAAACGUACUUUACGCGUUGCAUGUAGCGUCUUCAAAUUUACUAAGCUGCCGAUGCUAGAAGUUUGGCAUUUGGAACUCAUAAGAGUCUGUAAAGCUUGGUUGCAAAUCAUUUCAGGUGGUCUUUCUGCUACGCAUUCGGUUCAAAUGUCUUUAAAUUUGACCAUAAAAAAGAAAAUAUUCUGUAUGCUCAGUGUAACAGUGCAAUUUGUUUUUUUUGGACAAGUUCCAUGUAUAAGACCAAUGAUGUAGACCUAUGUUUUGAUGAACUUUGUGUACAACUUGAAUUGAUGUUCACACAUCCUAUGGGGGGGGUUCAAACAUGAUAAAAGUGUCUUUCCAGUUCA